AUGGCUUCUGAAUCCCUGAAGCGCAAGCUCCCACCGCCAGACCAGCGCAACCGCACCACCCCGGCGGAGAAGGAGAACAAAGGCCAAGAAGAAGAGGAAGUAGAAGACUACAUGAGCAUGACCUUCGACGACGACGACGCCUCUCAUCAAAAGGGCAUCGAGACCUCGCUGCAGCGCCGGCUCCGCCUCCGGCGCGAAGCCGAGGCGCGCGCCCGGCCCAAAUCCAAGGCCGAGCUGGCCGCCGAGGCGGAGUCCCGCCGCGAGGCCGCCCUGUCCCAGUCCCUCUUCGUCUCCCAGCCCAAGAGCAAGGGGCUGGCCAUGAUGGCCAAGAUGGGCUUCAAGGGCGGCGCGCUGGGGAAGCAGCCGCCACCUGAACAGAAUGAACAGAACCGGCAGCUGAGCGAUGGCGGCGGGGUUUCUAAAGAAGGGGAAGGAGGAGGAGGAGGAGGAGGAGGAGGAGGAGGAGGAGGAGGGGGAUGGGGAGGAGGCCCCAGGACGGAGCCGAUCCGGAUCGAGAUCAAGGACGGGCGGGAAGGGAUCGGGCUCGAGAGCGAGCGGAAGAGGAAGCUGCGGGAGGCGGCCGAGGCGGCGGGGGAGCGGGCCAAGCGGGCCCGGGCGGAGGAGGGAGAGUUCCGGGAGAGGAUCAGGCGCGAGCGGGAGGAGGCGAGGUGGGAGCGGCAGUUCGUGGCGGCGCAGAAAGUUGCCGAGCGGAUGGCCGGGGAGAGGGAGGACGACGACAGAGAUGCGGCGGAACAGCAGCAAGCAGCGGACCGUGCGGUGUCGCGCCGCUGUCCGCUCAAGGCCAUACCGGUGGUUUGGCGCGGGCUGGUUAGGGCCCGUGAGGAGGCCGAGAGGGACCGCAGGAUGAGGUACGACCUCGAGCAGGGCCUGUCGUCGUUACCUACGUACGAGGAUCCGGAGGAGGACGAGGAUGACAAGAAAGCGCUGGGGAAGACGCGCACCGCGUACGUCGCGGCCGAGGACCUGGACGAGGAGGACCCGGAGCUGGACCAGUUCAAUGCGCUGCCGCCGGACGAGAGGCUGCGUCGGGUGGUUCAGUAUUUGCGCGAGGAGCACCGUUACUGUUUCUGGUGUAAAUUUGCAUACCCGGAUGCCGAUAUGGAGGGGUGUCCCGGGUUGACAGAGGAGGACCAUGAUUAA